AUGGAUCCGGAAGCGUUUCUGGACAUCGCCAAUCAGGUGGUGAAGCUGAAAAUGUUUCCUUAUUUUGACAUAGCACAUUGCACUCUUUGUGCGUUGUCGGUUAGGGAAGACCUUGGAAGCGGAGCUCAAGCAUUUUCACGUAAACAUCCUCUGGCAUGUUGGUUGUCAUACAUGUUAGUGGUUUUUGCCGGAGGUAUGGUUGCCAACGGACUCCUCGCAGAACCUAUUUUAGCCCCAUUGAAAAACACACCUCAACUUUUGGUCGCCACAGCCGUAUGGUAUGUAGUAUUUUACACACCACUGGACUUAGGUUACAAACUGGCCAAGUUUCUACCCGUCAAAAUAAUCUUUUCAGCUAUGAAAGAAGUUUAUAGAUGUAAAAAGGUGUAUGACGGUGUUAGCCAUGCUGCGAAAUUGUAUCCCAAUGCAUACUUGGUCAUGAUCAUCAUAGGAACCAUUAAAGGUAAUGGCGCAGGAUUUACAAGGCUUAUGGAAAGAUUGAUUAGAGGCGUUUGGACACCUACUGCCAUGGAAUUCAUGCAACCGAGCUUCUAUACCAAAGCCUGUUUGGUGGCAUCUGUAAUUUUCAUCCUGGACAAGAAGACAGAACUCAUUUCAGCCCCACACGCUUUAGUCUACUUUGGCAUUGUAAUAUUCUUCGUUUACUUCAAAUUGUCUUCCAUCAUAUUGGGAAUACACGAUCCCUUCGUACCAUUCGAAAAUCUCAUGUGCGCGCUUUUCUUUGGCGGGGUCUUCGAUACAUUGGCCAAAAUAUUCGGCAGGGGGCAGCUCAAAGAAGGCGAGAAUAAAGAUGUCAAAAAGACGAAUUAA